AUUACUGCAUGAACCCCCAGACAGUCCUGCUGCUCCGGGUCAUCGCUGCCUUCUGCUUCCUGGGAAUCCUCUGCAGCCUCUCAGCUUUUCUCCUGGAUGUGUUUGGACCCAAACAUCCAGCGCUGAAGAUCACCCGGCGCUAUGCCUUCGCCCACAUCCUCACAGUGCUCCAGUGUGCCACUGUGAUUGGGUUCUGUUACUGGGCCUCGGAGCUGAUCCUGGCACAGCAGCAGCAGCACAAGAAGUACCAUGGCUCCCAAGUCUACGUCACCUUCGCCGUCAGCUUCUACCUGGUGGCAGGAGCUGGAGGUGCUUCCAUCCUGGCCACUGCUGCCAACCUGCUCCGGCACUACCCCACGGAGGAGGAGGAGCAGGCGCUGGAGCUGCUGUCGGAGAUGGAGGAGAACGAGCCCUACCCAGCAGAGUAUGAAGUGAUCAACCAGUUCCAGCCACCACCAGCCUACACCCCCUGA